GUCAGGGAUGGGGACGAAUUGAGCGAUUCUAUGCGAUUAUACUGGCAGGAUCAUGAGGGUUUGAAGUUGAAAAGCAGGUUUGCCCGCUGGCCGUAGCCUCGGCAUGUCGGCGGGGAGAAGUCGGGGCCACAUCCACUAGACUCACAUCUACACUCCCACGCUUCCACCGCUCACAGGGCGCACCAGACAAAUAAUGUGCAUGGAACCUGACAUGGCUGCUGCCAGGGAAACACGCAGAAACCGGGAAUCCUCCUGGAAGCCAUGCUGCGUGUGCCCAAUCGCCCCAUAGCCUCAUUCUGCACGCAACAGCAUCGGUUUCACGUGAUGGGCCAGCUGGCGGGGGUCCAUCAAGUCCCAUUUAUAGACUUGCGAAAGUCGGUAUAGCAUUAGCAGCAUGCACCUCCUCCCGAUCAUUUUCCCUCUUCCCUUUCCUUCUUCUUCUUCUUUGUCCUCGACUCUCUCCCAUCCGUCCCCAAUAUUGCAUUGUUCCAGCCAUGCCCGUGGACAAGAUCGACGUCACCGGCGACUCGCGGGUCGAGCGCCGCUCGGCAAUCAUCAAUGGCAAGACGUACGGUUAUCUCUACAGUGCGCCCGAAUCGGGGAUUUAUCGGGCGACGAUCUUCCUCGUGCGUGAAACAUUCGGAUUCGCAUAAUAGAUCGAUUACCUGAUCAUUGAUUAUCGUAUAGC